ACGAGACGUCUUUUAUUGACGUUUAUGAAAACAAACGGGGUGAUGAGGUUGAAUGUGUGUAUUUUGAGUGCAACGCAAUUUGAUCGAUUAGAAUGUAUUAAUUUGCCUUCCCUUUAUUUUAUUUGUCAAAUUUAUAAUUAAUUACAUGAUCUAACUAGACUGAGCAUGAAAGUAAUAAAGGAAUAAGUAGACAUUUAAAAUUCAAGAAGAGGUUACUUAUUUGUUAUUCUAGACAUAGCUCUAUACCCCAGACACAGACAUUAAUUGGCAUUUAAUAUGAUAAUAGGAGGCAUUCUUGUGUUGAGCAAAUCCUGUCCUGAGAAAGGUUUGGUGGGCGAACUUCAAGGCUUGCAGCACAACUGACUGAUUUCCAAGCAGGGGCAAGAUGAGUACAGGAGCGGACCAGAAGAUCAUACUGGGGCUGGACAUCGGCACAACUUCGGUGAAGGUGUGUUUGGUGGACCGCGCGGAGGGCAAGGUGGUGGCACGGCAAACCAAGGAUACACAAGCCAAUGUGCCAAGCGAGCUAGGCUGUGAAGGCAACAAACAGAAUGUGCCGAAGAUCAUGUCUGCAGUCCAUAUCUGUGUGUCCAGACUGCCCAAGGAGCUCCUACGACAGGUAGAGGUGAUAGGUAUCUGCGGUCAGAUGCAUGGCGUGAUGCUGUGGCAGUAUGAGGAUUCUGCACCGUGGGAGCGAGCUGACAUUGAAUCUUCCCGCUAUGACAUCGUUCCCAGCCAAGUGUCGUCUCUCUACACCUGGCAGGAUUCCCGCUGCGACCCUGGGUUCCUGCAGUCACUGCCUAAGCCUGACUCCCACCUCAGGGCCUAUUCAGGCUACGGAUGUAACACCCUCUUCUGGAUUGCCAAGAACAGGUCAGAGAAGCUGGAGAAGUUUAAUUGUGCGGGGACGGUGCAGGACUUCAUGGUAGCUAUGUUGGCAAACCUGAGCCGGCCAGUGAUGUCAGUGCAGAAUGCUGCGAGCUGGGGAUAUUUCAACACGGAACAGAUGGCUUGGAACACGGAACUGCUACAAGAAGCGGAGUUCCCCACUCAGCUCUUACCUGAAGUCAUUCCUAGUGGGGAUAUCGCAGGGACUCUGGCUGACCAGUGGCACGGCAUCCCCAUCGGCACCCCUAUCGCUGCGGCACUUGGGGACUUGCAGUGUUCAGUGCUUGCAACACUGCGCAACAGUGAUGACGCGGUUCUCAACAUUUCUACUUCUGCCCAACUCGCAUUUGUGGCAGCCGGAUUCAACACCGAUCAAAUUGACAGUACAAGUCCUGUGGAAUAUUUCCCGUACUUUGAAGGCAAGUACUUGGCUGUAGCCACUGCACUGAAUGGUGGGAACGCGUUGGCUACGUUUGUGCAAAUGCUGCAGCAGUGGACUCUGGACUUAGGCUUCAACAUGCCACAAAGUGCCGUAUGGAACAAGUUGCUGGACCUAGGAUCUACCCCUGGUGCUGAAUCUACAUUGUGUGUGGUACCCACCCUGCUGGGGGAGAGGCACUCUCCGCAGCAGAACGCUUCCAUCUCCAACAUUGACCCUGGCAGUCUACACCUCGGCCAGGUCUUCAAGGCUAUCUGUCGUGGAAUUGUGGAAAAUCUUCACAGCAUGAUGCCCAGAGAGAUGCUACUAAAGGCCAACAUCUCGCGUAUUCUGGGCAUCGGUUCGGCGCUGAUGCGCAAUCAAGUGUUGCAGUGUGAGGUUCGUCAGUGCUACCAACUGCCGGUGGUGUUUGUGCCGGGCGGAGACGCUGCGUGGGGCGCAGCAAUGGCCGUCCACAAGCCCUCCAACUCUCUAUAGUCACUCUACUAUAUUUUUGUACCAGUUUUUUCUCGAAUAACCGAUGGCGAUAGAAGCGCUAUGUUUAACGAUAGGAAUUGAUAGUGACGCGUGCGCACAACUUUAGGCCAGUGUUGUAAACGUUGGUAACAAUUUUUGGUAGCACUUGACUGAAAAAUUGUUAAAAGGCAGCACUUAGUUUGCUUUGCAUUUUCAAUGACGGUAAUAAUAGGUUUUUUCUUAGGAUUUCAAAAAACUAUUGCCAAAGGCUAAAUCAAUAUACUAACUAGAUAAUAAGUAACUGAUAUUUAUGUAAUAAAUAAGUUGGGAUAAAAACAUUAACAUUAGUCAAACAUCAUUCAAAAGGGAAAAAUAUUUAAAUUAUAGAAGGAGAUUUCUAACAGCCAAUUUUAGUAGUUUCUUCAAUUUAUUUAUUAAUAAUCAAAAUUUCUCAUAAAAAAUUUACACAUUCACUACCAAACAUUAUGGUAGUGUUAUAAAUUGUGUCACUGGACAAAACACUGCAUCGUUCGGCAUUUGAAGUAUUAAUGACUUUAGUCAGACUUUUUAUUUUUGUACUCAAGUUUUAAAUAUAUAUGUUUUAUAUGAAUAAUAUAAUGAA